UCCGGUCCGUAUCCGGUUUCCAAUAAAGUUGCUGCAAAACACAACACAGUGCUUCGGUGUGUAGGUGAUGAUCUGGGUUCUCUCUUUUCUGAGAGAUGUCUUCUCGGUGUACGCGUGUGCGAAAUUCGUCUUCCAGGCAUCUCGUGUUGGCGUCUUGUGGAAUGUGCUUCAUCUCGUUUGGCGGUCCAGGCAGAGCCACAUGACGGGCAAACGAGCACCAAAGUGCAAGCCAAAGAACGGCAAGACGAGGACAAGAAGGCCAAGCCAGACGUUGCCCUUCAGCUCAACUGCCAAUUUGUAUGGGCGGGCGAAGCACCAAGAAACAAGAGGGAGGGCGAGGCAUGGGAGGAGUGGCAGAAGCCACUACCGGAGAAGACGGAUGUGAGGAAUUUCGACAACGCAAAAGUCGAGCGCGCCAAAGCUGCAGCUCGAGACACACAUCAAGAGAGAGCACAACACAGUGGCGACUCCGAUCAAUAA